GGCUCAGAGAGAGAGAGCGAGAGAGAGCCCUCAACGUUCUCUUCCGUUUCUCCCUCAUCAAAAUCGAUCCGGAAUCGCAUACAAUUUUUGUCGGGCUCGCUAUUGUGGUUAAAGUGAAGAUUUUUUUGCUUCUUCAGUUAAUAUAAAUUCUCUGGCCACCAUCACCGCAAGGGAAAGAAUGUGCAAUCUGCAAAAUAGAUGCGGUUGGUGGGAUCUUUCUGGAGUAACCAUGAAUCUAUACAUGUUUGACUUAACAGCAAAACUUGCUGUCAAUCAGAACGGAUAAGAACCUUGGUGGAUGGUCAAGGGAGCUAGCUCAUUUUUUAGUGCAGUGGUUUAGUUUCUUGAUUCAAGCAAGCACAUGAUCUUUUCAUAGUCAUUGGCUCCAUACAACCAUAAUGUGGAGCUUUGCAUCCAAUUGCAUAGCUGGCUGUACGGGAGUCAAGAACGAGUCUAGAAAGCCGACUGAAGCUUCUUUGGAAUGCUCAGAUGAUGAAGGUUCUUCAAAUUCUUGCAGGGAGGACGGACUAGAAUGCCCUAUAUGCUGGGAAUCUUUUAACAUAGUUGAAAACGUGCCCUAUGUCUUGUGGUGCGGUCAUACUCUAUGUAAGAAUUGUGUUCUUGGGUUACAACGGGCAGUAGUCAAACUUCCCACUCUACCUAUUCAGCUUCCGCUUUUCAUCUCGUGUCCUUGGUGCAAUCUCUUAUCCCCUCGUUUGGUUUAUAAGGGAAACCUUAAGUUCCCUCGCAAGAAUUUCUUUCUUCUCUGGAUGGUUGAGAGCAUGAACGGUGAUAGAGUGGAAUCUCAUUCUGCCUUUUGCGGGCAUUCGCCAACGUGGCUAUCAAACAGCAAGUUAGCACCAGGAAAUCAAGUAAGCCACCCUGUUCUGAGGAGGGGUCCACAUAUUCACCAUUCAGAAUCAUCUGGUUCAAACCAGGAUUAUAUCGGUGCCAAUAAUUUGCUCACUGUGGAGAGACUACACAAUUCCCUCAGAAAGUCUUUGGCUUUCUUUGUUCAGUUGACAGCUAAAUUCCCACUGGUUCUCAUAUUUCUUCUGAUUAUCGUGUAUGCAAUUCCCGCCAGUGCAGCCAUAUUAGCCUUGUACAUACUCAUCACCGUUCUGUUUGCUCUUCCGUCGCUGCUCAUUCUGUACUUUGCAUUUCCUAGUUUGGAUUGGUUGGUGAGGGAAAUUGUCACAUGAAAUGCUGUUCGUUUUGUUCAUAGGUUUGUGAGCCCGGCGGAUAGACCUUUGUCCAUCCAUAAAGGCAUUGGUGGUGUAAUCUGAAAACUUUACUUGUUUCGUACAUCCUUUCUGUACGAAAAGACUUGUAAAUAUGGCUUGUGAGCAAUCGUUUUAUUUGAAGUGUCAUGAGAAAA